GAGUUCCGUUGUCGUUUGGCGAUCGCUAUUACAGCUAACUUCGUCAACUAUCACACUCCAGGAGAAGCUCAAGUGGAGGAAAUUAGCGGUGUGGCCAGCAUCUUCAAUCAACAGUUCUUUGCCAGUCUUUCGGCUACCAAAGGUAUUGAUCUCGAGAAUAUCUGCUACUAUCGGGACGAAACGCAUUACUUCGUUAUGACUGCAAAGAAACAUAGCCUCCUCGUAAAGGGUGUAUUUAAGAAGGUCAGUUUUCCGUUUAUAGUUUGA